GAAGUCUUUGUUUAAACCUAUCAGCAGCUAGUUAAGAUUAUCAAAGGAUUUUCUGUAACAAGGAGUCUUAACGCUGGGAUGGUAUAAUUAGCCUUGCUUUUAUUUAAUUUUGUCAACCUUAUAAACUUCAAAACCUAAUUAGGUGAGUAAUGCUUUAAAAUUUAUGUUAAUUGAUGCACAUUACCAUGUUAUUUCUUGAAAACGACCGUAAUGUAUAUUUCUGUAAAUGUCUGGUUACUUUUCGCCGUUUUUUAAUUUUCUUAGUGAUAAUGGGGCAUUCAUAUGAUUUUUAUUUGAAGGCGUACCUUUGAGUUAAUUAUUACACUUAGAUUUGAGCACCUGGUUUGACCUUGGUUACUCUUGAGAAAUUAUCGGCCUAUGUUUAUAGACAGAGAUUCUGGGUUCGUCCAGAAAGACCUUGCUUAUUCUUUUGUAAUUAUGAGGAUUCUGGCGAUCAUUCUUUCGUGACAUUCUUAAGCUUCGGCGACUUAUACUCAUUUCACAAACUUUUGUACGCCUAGUAUGGAUUCAACCGUGCGUCGGUGGCACAGUGGUUAGGACUCUUGCCGACCAUGCACAUGGUCCAGGGUUCGAUCCCCUGCGGACACACACCUGAUAUCUAUGGUCGGUCUGCGACAUUUGGGCCACCGAUAUCACAUGCGGGAAAUUCCAUACCUGUACCAGAAAAAUACGGUAUGGAAUCAAGCUGAAAUCAAAAUCAAGGUAUAGGGAUUUUGUCAGAUUUACACUUUUAUUGCUGAUGUUCAUCAUACUUCACAGUCGUAUGCACUGUGGGUGAUCUAUGCUCGGGAACCAGAAAUCUGUGACAGUCCAUGUUCGAUUAACUUUUAACGUAGUCCAUGUAGACCUGAACGAUUUAUCAGCAAUAAUCUGCUUAUCCAUUUGUCGUUCCCAGUCUUUACUGUGGAGAGUCUUUAUAAGGGGACCACAGUGUAAUGACUACACACAACUGUUAUCCAACCUCGUUGAUAUAGGCAGUCACUGGGCAUAAAUUGUAUAUGUCCUGAUAGUCAUUGUUGAUUGAGAAUCACAACUGCCCUCCCUGCCUAACUGACUGCAGGCAUAGCUUCAUAUCACCAAACCUUGUUUCAGCAAGCACCUAGUGAGUAAACACGUGGAUGGAUCCACGAACCUUUAAUAUUUUCUGUUAAGUAGGACAGAACCAACUACUGCACAGUGCACGUCUUUUUAUGUAUGCAAGGUAUCACACAUAUACCUAAACUCGCCCUUUAAUUUGCAUACUACGAUUUGUCAACAAUUAGUCUACUAUGACUAAUUCAUUUCCCUAAAUAAAUGAGUUGGUAGACAAACUGAUCAAUUCAUUUUCUGUCCUCAAACCAGUCGGUACAAACCAGUGUUACAGCACCAUCCUACAUUGAAAAUGGAGUCAUAUUCUUAGCAUACUUGUAUAUUUUUGCGUAACACUCAGGGAGUCUCAUUGUCAACAUUCAGGAACAAGUUAUUCCGUAAGAUGUAGAAGUUGAUUAGGAUCUCAUUCAUCAGUACAUCUAUAAUGAAAUCAAUUAAGAAUAGUAGAAACUGGAAUCUCUAAUGGGUGCCGUAGACGACUUGUCAAUCCACCAAAAGUACAAAUGCUUCUGCGAUUAGCUACGGAAAUCCCUGUUGACAGUUUGGGGUUGACCCGUCUCAGCGUAUGUAGUUCAAAACACACGGCAUAGCCUCAUUAUCCUUUGUUGAAUUUAAUUAUCAAGCCAACAUGUCUUGGAUUUCGUUGAGAUGUACUGGCUCUACGUGUUUACGGAACACUGAGUUUUAACUGGGAACUAUAUUUUCAAACAUCUGUGAUAAGUUAGCGACUACUGAUUGUCUUCUUAAAUGACUCGUGAAUAUAGUGAAUAAGUGAGACAUAUGUAAGAGUUAGCGCAUUUGGUUUUGUCCAGUAGUACUCCACUGUUGAAGCGCAGUGUUCGACAAACUAGAAAUGGAAUGUCACAAUGACUGUGGUUUGCUUGACUAUUCUCUUCUCAGAAUUUAGUAGUCUCCAGUGGUAAGAUAUUAAUGAUUAGACGUAUAAAGUUUUGAAAAUGUAUUUGCCAAUUAACUUGUAGUCUGAAGGCUUUUAUACCGGUUUUAACUGAAAAAGGUUCUUUUUUCCUUCACGUUUCCUAGUGGAACAUAGGGCCUCAAGCCACUGGCUUGAAGUUUCUGUAGCAGUGUUUAUUUUACAGGAUGGGGUUGCUAGCCUCAUUCCCAACCUUUCCUCUUUACCAGGAUUAUUUCUGUUUUAGCGAGGUAAAGGAGUGCGUCGGUGGCCGGGGAUCGAACCGCGGACCGUGUGCAUAGUCGGCGAGCGUCCUAACCGCUAUACCACCGACGCCACCGGUUUUAACUGAAAAAGGUUUUUUGUUCGAGGUUUAUUCUUUUACUGCUCAGUUGAAAUUACAGUGUUAGUAGAUUCCAUGCAAUUUGAAGUCCAUAACUCUUUAAAUUGAUUAAAAAUUUGGUGGACACUUAUGCAAACUUGGGAUGACUACAUCAUUUAGGAUGUUUACACCAAAAAUUGCGUAAAAUUGCUACCGAAAUAACGUUAGACGCGCUUUUCUUUAUAGUGGAUAUGUAUCUCAUUUCAUUUUCUUAUCUGCAUGUUUUUUUACCAUUUAAAGAAUAGGGAACGCUUAGUAUUCAGAUACAAUUUAGUUGGUUUUAAACAUAAUGAAUCGUAAAACUAACUGGUUGUCUUGUACUUUACGUAAAGAGUGUUAUAACAAUUUAUGUCCAUCAAAGUUUUUAUAAGACGGUUUCUUUGUGUGUGUGUGUGGACUUAUUUACUUUAUGAAAAUGGUACUUUCAUUAUCUAAAUUGAUCAUGUCCAUUAUGGGAUCAAUCUCAAGAACCAGUUUACGACUAUUUCUACCAUCUACUAUCUGCUGUUAGGAGCUAAGUUGCCUCUUAAACCAUUCAAAAUUUUAAGGUCGAGAUGGGAUAGUGACUCAGCAUUCAUCAGAUAUAUUUUUCCUUGUUUGGAUCCAUUAAGCAAGGAGUUUCUGUAUAACGGUGUAAUGCAUACAGAAUAUUUUUACCCUGCGGUUUGUACUGUACCAAAAUAAGCGUGACGGCUGUUUGUCAGGUAUUGGUUUGUAGGGAUUUUGUUUGAUUGACUGAAGGAUUUCAUCAUCAGCUGACAUAGGUUAGAGAACCAUUGGUAAACCUGUAGAGAGUACUGUAUAGCUGUUUCGUCAGUAUAGUUUGGAUCUCUUCAUCAGCACGCACCCAAACUAAGACGAAACAGCUGUCCAGUACUCCCCACAGAUUUUCCAAUGGUUGUCGAACCGAUGUCAGCUCAGGAUGAAACCCUCCAACCAAACAGCUGCUUGUAUUGAGUUAUAUAUUUUAUACUGUGUACUGCUGAUAAAUCUGGUUCUAGUGUCUUCUGGUCUUAUUUUCACCACGUGAAUUAAUUAUGUUUGAAAGUUUAGUUUCACUUGACUGCACAAGUAUGCUUACAGGUUGUCACUGUAAAUGCUGCACAUACUUUAAUCGACUGAAUUCAUUCAACAAAAAGCAAUCACUUGUGUUUUUAUUGAUUUAUCAGUUCCCUGAAAUGAUGUACUAUCCAGUGAGUUUGUUAGAACAUUGAAUUUUUAGCUAAAGGUAAACUGAUUAAUUCCAGGGAGAUAGGUAGCAUAAAAAAAUAACUAACAAUCAAAAUGGGUUGGGGCAGCUACAGUUUUAAAAGGCAGUAUAAGUAGGCGAAGGGAGGGAGAGCUUGACCACUGUGUCUUUUUCUAUCGAAUCUACACCAAACAUGUGCAAUAAGAAUGACGCACGCAUACAUAUCGAUACCGGUGAUAUGGUAAAUAUUCAUACCAAUAAAAUAAUGGAAUUACAUAAAGUUUGGAAGUUAUAUGAGUGCGCACCUUGAUAUGAUUAUAUGCAAUAAACUGUGCUCAAAACACAAUCAGUGAAUAAUGCAUUAUCGUUGUGUGCUCUUACCAAAUUAAUUUUUUUUUCUAUACUGGGAUUCUACUCUACUACGGUGCACAAGUUCUAUUCAUAUGUCAAGGUACCAUCCAAGCUUGCAUAUCAGCAGUAUUUGUUGUAGUUUACCGUAUAUGGGUUAUUCAUACGAUCCUAAGUGUAUUCACACAUGAUACCAGACUGUGGUUUAAUGAUUCAGCAAUUCACCUAGAUCUUCACGAUAUCUGUUAUGGAAGAGCGCACAAUGAAUUUGACCAUCGACUUGAAUUGUCCUCACCUACCAACCAUCGCCUAACGCUCAGUUUACUCCACACCUACACAUCUAUUUAAAUGACUUACACUUGUCGCUGAUCCUUGCUCGUUAUGUAACUGUUUUCGACAUAGAACUUUCCACCGAUGUGCGGCAGUUCAAGUGGCCACACUCCAUGUAGCACACAAAGC